AUGGCUGAUGUGGAAAACACAGCUGCGGAAAAGCGAGGAGGUGCCGAGAGGCUUCGUUCUUGUGCCUCGUAUGUGUGGCAUAAGCUCAAACAAAUUGACUUGAACCCGGAAACGGCGUUCAGGCGCAAGCGCCCGCCACCUGCUUCGCGUCGGAUCAUGAUUAAUAUGGACCUUCCAAAAGAGGCUUACGAUACACGAGGUCGCAUUCGCCGCCAAUGGCUCUUCGCGACGAACCAGGUUAUCACUGCCAAGUACACAGUCUACAACUUUGUGUUCAAGAAUCUUUUGGAACAGUUCCGUCGUGUGGCCAACAUCUUUUUCCUUGUUCUUGUGAUUCUGCAAUUUUUUCCGGAGUUCACCACUAUUAGCCCUGGUUUGGCCAUGCUUCCACUCUUGAUUGUGUUGUUCAUUACCAUGGUUAAAGACGGCUAUGAAGACGUUAAGCGCCACCAAUCCGACCGAGCUGUGAAUCGGCAGCGGACACGUGUUCUUACGGGAGCCUCGUACAAGAAUCACAACAAGACAGAAGGCAAAUCACGGAGCCUACGUCUCAUAUGGCAGAUGAUGGUGCGAUAUGUAAUGCCACCAUGGCUCAUUGAGAAGUUUAGCAAGCGCAAGAAUGCCGUGUCUGUUCAGGAAUUGGAAAGCGGUGAAGCUGUGCCCAGUGGCCGGCCUGGAUCGCCAUCGCAACAAAACAAUGGUCGUAUGUCGUCUAUGAGCUUCGACAGCCUGCGUCCGCGGAGUCGACUGUCACAUGAAAACCAUCGAUUCAGCUCUUCAUCUGAGCACAGAAUGAACAAGAAUGCACCCCAUUGGGAGUCUAAGCAUUGGGACGAUGUAGUAGUGGGCGAUAUCGUGUGUCUUCGCAACAACGACCCCGUGCCGGCCGAUCUUAUCAUUUGUGCCACCAGUGAAGAGGAUGGUAGCUGCUUUGUUGAGACUAAGAAUUUAGAUGGUGAAAUCAACUUGAAGAGUCGCUUCGCCGUUCAGCAACUGUCUGAUUUGCGCUCACCUGAAGACUGCAUGGACCGCCAAUUUGAUGUGGAAGUCGAGCCCCAAAGCACCGACAUGUACAGGUUCAAUGGAUGCGUGAAUCUUUACGAUGAAACCGAUGAGGAGGGCAAGCCACUGGCUUGUCCUGUCACGUUGAACCAGACCCUUCUCCGAGGAUCCGCUGUUCGGAAUACUGAAUGGGUCAUUGGCGUUGUGGCGAUGACCGGUGCGGAUACCAAGAUUGUGCUUAACUCAGGUGAUACGCCAAGUAAGCGCAGUCUUAUGGAGUUCCAAAUGAACAAAAUGGUGUACGUGAACCUUGCUAUCAUUGGCGUUAUGGCUGUGGUGUGUGCUAUUGCCGACUCGCGUAUUGAACAGUACUAUUUCGAUCGGCAGGCCCCUUGGGAGUAUUUGGCAACAUUCAACGACGAUAAUCCCAGUUUGAACGGUCUUGUUUCAUUUGCCAACUCGCUGAUUACCUUUCAGAACAUUGUGCCGAUUGCCCUUUACAUCUCUUUUGAAGUUGUGCGGACCGUUCAGGCGCUUUUCAUUUUCGAGGACCAUGACAUGUACUACGAAAAAAUGAGCCGGCGCACCAUGGCGAAAUCGUGGAACCUUUCCGAUGAGCUCGGCCAGAUCCAGUACAUUGUUAGCGACAAAACUGGUACGCUCACCCAGAACCUUAUGAUUUUCCGUGGCUGUACCAUCAAUGGUGUCGUGUAUCAUGGUGGUGGUCAAAGUCCGACACUAGAUGGUAAGCUGCGUGUUCUGCCUAUUAUGGAAGAUGUCCCGCGCUUUUAUGACGAUGAUCUGACUAAGGCCAUCCAAGAUACUUCUUCGCAACAGCAUAAAUACGUGCAUGAGUAUAUGCGCUGCCUUUCCCUAUGUCACACUGUGCACCUGUCGCGCACUGAAAACAGAAAUGAAAUUUCAUAUCGCGCCGAGUCACCAGAUGAGCAGGCGCUCGUUGAGACGGCCGGCGCCAAUGGCUACGUGUACUGUGGCAGGCAUAUCAAUACGAUUCGCCUUCAAGUGCCAGGCGCGAGUGACUAUGAAACGUAUGAAGUGCUGCAGCUAAUCGAGUUCUCGUCUGCACGCAAACGUAUGAGUGUGAUCGUCAAGCGCCAAACAGAUGGCCGCAUACUGGUGUACACCAAAGGUGCUGAUUCGAUGAUUUACUCGCGCCUUGCGUCUGGCCAAGACGAAAUGUGUGCUACGACUGACAAGUCACUCGAAGAGUUUGCUAAUCACGGUUUGCGUACGCUGUGUGUAGCCAAGCGUGAACUUGAUCCUACUUGGUACCAACGGUGGUCGCGAGAAUAUCAACAUGCGAGUGUUUUGACUGAAGGGCGUGAAGAGCGCAUGGAAGAGCUAGCCAGUGAAGUCGAACAGCAGCUCACGUUACUUGGUGCUACGGCGAUUGAGGACCGACUUCAGGACGGCGUCCCGGAGACGAUUGCGGAUCUAAAGCGUGCUGGUAUUAAGAUUUGGGUGGCCACGGGAGAUAAACUCGAGACAGCCAUUGCUAUCGGAUACAGUACCAUGCUUCUUGCGCCAGACAUGAAUCUCAUUAUUAUCCGUGGUGGAGAAUAUGGCUCCAUGAACUCGGCCUUUACGCAGCUCGAGAAAGCGAUGGAUCGUUUCUUCGGCGGUAUUGAUGUCAGUGACAUGAAGCAUCCUCCGCCGCCCGUUUCGAUGGAUGCAGCAGGCGGUGACGUUCGCAGUAUUAUGAGUGCUGGCUCGCUUGUGGGCGAAGAAAAUGGAUCUCGUCCCGGUGGAUAUGCGCUAGUGAUUGAUGGACAUGCCCUUGAAUACGCUCUCAAGGAGCCUCACAGUCGUGAGCUUCUAAUCCACAUCUCGAGACACUGUCGUGCUGUGGUCUGUUGUCGUGUAAGCCCCUUGCAGAAAGCUCUAAUCGUUGGCCUAAUCAAAGAUGGUCUCAAGGGUAUUACAUUGGCGAUCGGUGAUGGUGCAAAUGAUGUAUCCAUGAUUCAAGCAGCCCAUGUCGGUGUGGGUGUGGCUGGUGAAGAAGGUAUGCAGGCUGUCAAUUCCGCCGACUAUUCCAUUGGACAAUUUCAGUUUCUUAAACGACUCAUUCUCGUGCAUGGACACUGGUCAUAUUACCGCAACAGCACCAUGGUCAAUGUGUUCUUCUACAAGCAAAUGGUGCACACUGGCACACUGUUCUGGUUCCAGAUUUAUUGUGGAUGGUCAACCUCUCAAGCUAUGGACUAUGUGUAUCUACUUUUGUACAAUGCUAUUUGGACCGUCGCCUCUGUGGUUGGUAUUGGUAUGUUCGACCGCAAUGUAUCAGACCAUGUGUUGAUGCAAGUGCCUGAGUUGUACACGGCCUCGCGUGAGCGGCGCUACUUUGGUAUUUGGCGGUUUCUGGGCUAUAUGAUGGAUGGAGUGGUUCAGUCCGUGGUCCUAUUCUUCCUGCUCAUGUACUUCUACGAUACGACCACGCCUCGCAAUGAUGGCUACGACAUUGAUUUGUAUGAGCCGACGACGAACAUGGUGCUUGCCACCGUGCUGGCUGCCAACUUAUACGCUGGCCUCGAGUCCAUGGCAUGGACGUGGUGGAUUUUCGGUGUUGUGUGGAUCCCUACUAUGCUCUUGUUCGUUUUCGAGCCCAUUUAUGCUGCAUUUCCGCCCACGCUGAUCUGGACGUAUUCAUGGGGCAAUAACUACUACUUGUAUCGUUCGGCACAAUUUUGGGUCGGUGGCCUCUUAUGUGCCUUCCUUUCCCUGAUCCCGCGAUUCAUGUACGAAUGCGUCCGAUUGCAUUUGUUCCCGAACGAUAUUGACAUUUUGCACUUCAUCGACGCAAAGUAUCCGAAUCACGAUUACGUGAAUGAUCCCCGUAUGCCGGGUCUACGGGCCGCUCAGUCCUACGAGUCAGAAGUGGAUGGCGACAUCUCUCGCGCGCCUUUGAAUGACACGUACCCAUUAAUGCCCACCCAAAGUCGCACGAGCAGUAUUUAUCACGACAUGAGCACAGGAGAAAAUCGGCCGUACCGCGGCUUCACCUUCUCAGCUUCUGACACACCUGUGCCUAGGCCCAAAAAGGCGAUUCGCCGCCUCAAGAAGCUAUUUAAGCCACAUAAGCGUCACAGCUACUCUUAUGUUCCGACAAGCCAACGCGCGUCUGAGUCAAAUCCCAUGUCGGAACCAAAAGAGCGCACUGGCGCGCAAACAGCCGUGUCAUACGAAUCUAAGCGCGAUUCUUUUACGCAUGAAUCUUCUAUGCCUGACCAAAUGGAUGAAAUCGAUUAUAAUCGCUUCAACACGGCCUCGGAGCAGCUGCCUCCUUUUUCAUAUACCGAUCAUGAUGAAGCGAUCAUGUCGCCGCGGCAUGAGUCGCGAUACAUGGAUCCGCCAUCUUUCAUGACCUCGCCAAACACAACCUACAGCGCCAUUUCGGAUCACUUUUAUACUGCUCUGGAAAAUCCGAACGUGCGCCAGCCGCAUUUCUAA